UGUUAGGAGGAGUAAGUGAAUUUGAUUGUCGUCAGAACUAGAUUGCCAUAUGAGUUCUGAAAAGCGCUUGGCUCCUGAGGAUAACUGCUCUAAAAAUAGAUGUGGAGGAGAGGUUUCUCUUGGGUCCAGUUUCGGGUUCCAGCUGAGCUGGCUUUAGGAAAUUUGUUUGCUCCUGUUGCAAGACUACAGUGAGGAUAAAUCCGUCUCUUACUCUGCCUUCAGCAUUGAUUUUUGGAGAUACUGACCCACUUGCUCUGUCUGCGGAAAUCCAGCACUAAUGUUAUGGCUGACGACACAGAGACUAAGCAUGGAGGAAGCAAGAAUGGAAAGAAAGAAGGACUCUCUGGAAGCUCAUUUUUCACCUGGUUUAUGGUAAUUGCUUUGCUGGGAGUUUGGACGUCAGUAGCAGUUGUCUGGUUUGAACUUGUAGAUUAUGAAGAAGUUCUAGGCAAGCUUGGAAUAUAUGAUGCUGAUGGAGAUGGAGAUUUUGAUGUGGAAGAUGCUAAAGUAUUGCUAGGUGAGGAGCCAGGAGGGGUAGCCAAGAAAAGAACUAAAGUCAAAGUAAAAGAAGCUAUUAAAGAACCGCUCAGGAAAUUAAGGGAGAAGCAGGAAUCCAAGAAGGAGGAGAUCAAAGAUGAGGAAGAAAAAAAGAAAGCCAGGAAAGGAAAAGAUGCUACUGACCGAAAGGACAAGAAAGCUGUUGAUAUGAAUAAAUUAAAGAAAGAUUCAGACAAGGCGAAAAGAGUCAGAGGAAAGGAAAAAGGCGUAGACAAAAAUGUAAAAUCCAAGGAGACUACAAAAAAACCAGCCAGUGAAAAGGAUGGUACUAUUCAGGUGGGUAAAGACAAAGAAACCAAAAAGGUAGUUAAAAACCCAUCCAAGGAAGACAAGAAAGAAAAGAAAUGA